AUGGAAAUCGGAACACUGGUCGUUGUCGUGCUGAAGGCCCGGAACCUCCCCGACAGGCACUCGCUCUACAAGCAAGACGUCUUGUCACAGGUGGCAAUAGGGGGCAGCACGAAGUCCACCAAGGUCGAUGUUAAAGGCGGGCAGCACCCCGUCUGGGACGAAGAGCUUCGCUUCCCGAUCUACCAGAAGACGAAGCAGGAGGACAGAACCAUGGAGGUGAGCUGCUGGCGGAAGGAGCCUCGCGGCGUGGAGUGCAUCGGCAAGGGUGCCGUCGAUAUCGAGGAGACCUUGAGGACAGGAGAGUUCGAUGACUGGGUGAAGCUCGAGGAGAACGGCACCUACCGCGGAGAGCUCUACCUCGAGAUGACCUACUUCGCGACGGGUCCUGCGCCCCUGCAGCGGCGGAAGACGAAGAUGCCCACCUCAGAACGACUUGUACGCUCUUCUCAGGCUUAUUCGUACUCGAGCUUGCAGCAAAACCAAUCCCCACCACAAACGCGUACAUCACGCCCGUCGACAUCGCCUUCGCGCAAUCCUCCGGCAACGCUCACCCCCGCAUAUAAUGCGGGUGCACCUACCUACCUGUCACCGCCUACGUCCACACACACCUCGCCACGGACGUCGCCGCGGUCCAAGUACGAUGCGCUCCCGCCAAUCCCGCAGGAUCACCUUUCCCCUGCGUCCAUACCCGACAUUCUACGACCUGGGAACCCGAAAGGAGACAUCCACUACAGCGAAAAGCCCCAUCAACGAGACUCGUCGCACUCACACAGUAUUCCCAGUCAUACCCCUACGCCUCCUGCUUACGGCGCAUACACCGCUGUCAAUGUGUCCCCUCCUCACUCUCCGCCCCGAGCCCCGGUCGCGAUUCCUCCUCGCGCAUCGCCGCCGGGCUCCUUCGGUGUGCCCUCCUCGCUCAGAGCUGGCCCACCUCCAGGCAGGGAUGCUCGCUCGACUAGCAGCAGCCCUCCCGGGCCCGCAAGAAACAUGUUCCCACCGCAAAACCCUAUCCAUGCGCAAUACCCUGCGUCACCGCCGCUAUCUCCCAGUCCGCCGCUGCCUCCUCUUCCUGGACCUCAAGAAACUCAGCCAACGCGGGGAGCACCGUACAGUUACGCUCCGCCACCUAUCCCGCACAACGAGGCGCCGCCGUCUGCGCCCCACAAUUACGGUCCUCACGCAUUUCAUAACAACGCGCCAGCUGCCCGCACACAAUCGUACGCCCAAUACUACCCUCCCCAGAGCUCGCAAGCCCUACCGUCAUUCCCCGUUCCUUCAUUCCCUGUCGCCGAGCGAUACACUACACCGCUCCCCCUCCCAGACGAGCCUGAGGGUGUCCACACACCUACGCCCGCGCAUCCUCAGCCGCACCUCAACCCCCUCGCAUCGGCCGCCGCGCCCGCUAACAAUCCGCGGAAGGCAGUGCUCACGCGGGGCGUGGAGCAAGAGGGUCGCGACAAGCUUCUCGCGCUGGAGCUCGAGCGGGAGGAGGAGGCGAGGCGGCGGGAGGCCGAAGAACGCGAACGCGCAGACGAAGAACUUGCGAAGAAGCUUGAUAUGGAGCUGAAUCUCGCGGAGGAGGAUUCGAGUGGACAGUCUGAUCCGACGGACGGUGCGCCUGCUCAGAGUCGGGGUCACCGGACGGACUCAGGUUCUGCUGUGCACAUUCCUGGUGCAUGGUGA